ACCACCUGUUCAGCUACACCAGUCGUUUCACUACAGUUUUUCAUCUACAUAUUGAAUCUAAAAAACAAAUAUGACUCUCUUGAAACUUAUAUUUCUGCUGAGUACGUGGAGCUUUACUGCAACUGAGUCAUGGAUGACACAUUAUCUACGAAAGAACAGCUCUGUGUGUCUCCAUGUCAAGAAACCACCUUCACAUAUAAGCGGUCGAUGGACGUUUAAUGGAAAACUAGUUGCUGCUGAGAAAUAUAUCGAUAAAGACUAUGCAGAGAGAAUGGUUUUCAUCUCUGAAAACUUGACUAUGUGUAUAAAUAGACUGACUGAAAAUGACACAGGCAACUAUAAGGCCUCUUACUUCUCCAACUUUAUUGAACAAUCAGAAAAUCAUCAAGUUAUUUUACAAGGAAUGGUUCCCAGACCAGUGAUGACUGUGACACCAGAAAAUCAUUCUAGUGUUUCAGCAGAAACAUGUAAUUUCACAGUGAACUGCUCCAUCCAGGAUGACUGGCUGGGAUCCAUCUGUCAUAGAAAUGGCUGCAGAACAUCUCAGAAGUCCUUUAAUAAGUUCAACAUCACCAUCCUCUCUGACAACACAACUGUUGUCUGCAUAAGUAACAACCACGUCAGCAGAAAUAAUAUCUCACAAAACAUUCCAACUCCAUGUUUAACAAGGACGGAUCUUGAACUUAAAGAGGAUUUUCAAAAGCAUUCAAAUAUAUUUUAUAUUUUCAUCAUUGCCAUUGCUGUUGUAAUAUUCUUCAUUGUUGUUAUUGCCAUAAAAUAUUGUAAAGCCAAACAUGAUCAGGAAUCAACGUGUUCUGCCCAGUUAAUACAAAGUGGACCACUAGAGUCCCAGCAGCCUUCUGAGCCCAGAGUCUCGACAUCUUCCAGUGAAGCGGACCCUUCGUAUGAGAACGUUGAAACCAGUCAGCCCAGAGAGAUCAGCAUCCUAGUACAUGAGCAGGGCAUCAGUGAGGUAGACACAGUCUACAGCGUCCCCAGAAAGGCUGCGUCUUGUGUUAAAAGUGACAAGAAACAAGAUGCAUUACAAGACGAGAACACGCAGAAGACUUUGACUUCAGGGUGUGCCGAUGUAAAUAAGGACCAGAGCUCCACACAAACAGAAACGGUGUACAGUGUGCUGCAGAUGCCAAAAAAUCUGAACACAUAGCACCACCAAGAGGACAAGUGAGUCUAAGGAGCCGAGAGCAACUCGGAGAUAGAUGAACCAGGAAAUGAACACCAGAUGUAUUACAAUAUUCCUUUGCUUAUCUAAGAUGGAUGGCAUUGGUCAGAGACUCUAUUUAACUCAUUCUGGUGUACAUCAAUGUUUUUCCAUACCAUAAGGAAUAUGUUCUUCAGUCGCUCCAGAGCAUUUUGGGAGUCUAUCUUGUGCUCUUUCAUGACCAGGACUAGAAAAGACCUCCAAAAUGGUAAUCCCUUUGAAGGUUUCAACAAGAUGAUUCAUGCAUCUUGUUGGAUGUAUGAAUCCCUCCUACUGACUCAUUUAACAGCGGAAGAGUAGCGGUUUAACUUCCAGUUUCCCUUGGAGUGGAUGACAGUGCUCCUCAUCCUGUCUACGUCCACCAUCACCAUAAGUGACGGUCAGAACCUGGAUGGACAAGUAAAAUUUGAGCUUCACAUUCUGGCUGAGAUCUGUCUUCAUCACGAUGAACCAGAGCAACACCCACACUAUUCUGGACGAUUCCUCAGUCCAUCUAUCCGUCUCCUUCACCAACGUGUGAAUGGGACACCAAGAUGCACACCUGAAUCGAAUGACUGGCUCGUUACCAGGCCUGUUCAGAGCCGAUCACAGUCUGUUGGAGUAAAGCUGCAGGACGGUAGCUCUGGAGGACUGGACUUGAGCACCAUUGUUAUAGAGAAUGGACAGAGUUUGAAAUGAUUGGAUAUGAGCUCGACUUUUUUUUGUUGUUGUGAAUUGCCAAAAAAAUUAUUUAACUCGGUAACAAUACCAACCUUUCUUAUUCUCAUGAAUUGAAGGACUUGUCCACGCCUUCAUUACAACUCGUUUGGAUUAUUGCAAUUCGUUAUAUAGAGGCUCAGAACAUUGUGCCAUGUUCGGAGCCCUUCAUGACUACUGUGAAUAUUUUUGCACUUUUCUUCCAUUUUUUUUAAUGCGGCUCUCAUUGCUUAUGUUUAAUACUGUUGAUAAUAAAUUUAUAUUUUUUCACAACAUGUGGAACAUCUGGCCGGUUAUUUGUUCCUACCUGCAUCCACUGUUUUCAGUAAACGAUACUGGAGCUAUUCUUCCAUAUGUAAAGAUGAACAAUAUAAAAGACUUAAUUUGUAAUUAUUUUUUACAUAUUAUUAAAUGUCAGCAGUGAGAGAGUCUGAGUUUCUUUUCAGGCAGAUCUUUAACAGCAGUUUCUUUUUUUUAGCAUCAGUGGUUAACUAUAGUGGUGAAAAAAUAAAGUUCUCACAUCAAACAUAGAUGAUGUGUUUAUCUGAGGUUGGCAGGAGUGUCUGUCAACAUUUCCUGGUGAGAUGGAUGAGGUUAAAUUAAUAAAUAUGCGCAUGGUAUUGGUCUGUAUGCUCACUGA